AUGGUGACAAAGCGGUUAGUGUUCAACAAAGAAAAGUUGGCAGCACUUAAAGAACUUACUUCCUCUGCUGCCAUGGGUUCGCUGGCUAAAGCUGAUAAUACUAAACAAACUUUUGCCGCAUACCAUACUGUCAAUUUGAGAACCAGAAUGAGCUUGCCGGCUUUUGAUCAUCUGUGUGCCUUUGGAAACCUUUUUGUCACCACAUCUGCCCUAUUAGUGUCUGACAAAAAUCAAGAACUUCAUGAUCUGGUAUGGCACUUGAGGACAGCAUUUACAAAAGUCAAUGAUGAAUUCAUUAAGAAUGUUCAGAGUGGGAUGCCAUAUCUAAAUACCUUGAGUAAUGAAAUGAAACCACUUUUUGAAGAAGAUAUGGGCUCUUGUUGUUUCUCCAGUUGGUGUGGAUUCCCAGUUUAUGAAGUGGACUAUGGAUGGGGUAAGCCUGUUGUGGUCUGCACUUCAGCUGUUCCAAUGAAUAAUGUGGUAAUUUUGAUGAGUACAAGAUGUGGUGAUGGAAUAGAAGCAUGGAUUAACAUGCUGGAGGAUGAAAUUGCUAUUCUUCCUGAAGAGAUCCUUUCACUUGCAACCGAUCAUCUCUUGUCAUGCCCCUGA